AUACAUGGUAUCACGCAUUGGGCUCGCGGUGGGAUUCCAAAGGCCGCAACGCAAGUCCGGGUUUAGGAGGCCGAGCCGUUUGAAAGGUUUAAAGUGAGCGAAUUCGCCUCUCUUUCAGAUCGACUGUGCUGGCGAAGAUGGCGACUUGAAGAAUUCUGUGCGGUCCGUCGGUCGCUGUAACUAGCCGAGGAAGAUGUAAACGUAUCUAAUGCCAUAAGUUAUCGCGGAAGAGUAGUACAAUGAAAGCUAACGGUGGUGUAAACCCGGGUGGAAAAGACAGAAAACGUAAGAUUGCCAGCGAACCCGCGCGUGAACAAGAGAGGACGAAAGUGCCACAGAGUGCGUCUCGACGCCAUAGAGAAAAGAUAAAUGCAACCUUGGAAGAGUUAGGAGGUCUUCUUCCACUGCCUGAAGAAUCCAGGUCAAAGCUGGAUAAGCUCACAGUACUAAAAUUGUCUGUCAGCUUUUUUCAAACUCAAAAUUAUCUCCAAUCUGGGAAGAGAAAGAGAAGAGUGGACGAUGCAGCUGUGAAUGAGAUUACGAAACAACUUGAAAAGUGUAACAUCAAUGUCAGCGAUAUCUCUUUGGAGGCUUUGGAUUCCUUUUUCUUGGUCCUGUCAGAAACAGGAGAUGUUUUCUUUGCCUCUGAAAAUGUCUACAGAUACCUUGGAUACACGCAGACAUUUUUGAUGCACCAGAACUUCCUCAAUUUUGUGCAUCAUGAUGAUGCUGUGGGAUUUGAGAGAUGUUUGCGGCGGUCUGCAAGAGCAAGGAUUAUGGAGUUAGAUAGUGGACUUGGACUUGACUGUAAAGAAUUUGAAGAACAACCAAUUCCUCAAGUGUGUUUCUGUAGCAUCAAGUGUCAUGCUGGAAGACAGUCAAGCCACGUCAGUCCCUUUUAUUACAGGUCAUUUAAAUUUGAUGGCCACAUCAAGCCAUUGCUGAAUGGUAAGAUGAAGCAGUAUGGGUUAUUUGCUCUGUGUACUCCAGUCAAUCCUGCCAACCCUUUUACCAGUACUCCUAAAGAGUUACUUCAAAUGUACAGCUGUAAGAUGGGUUUGGACCUGAGGAUACGCAAGUUGGACAACAGGGGACAAAAGUCUUUGUUCUAUAGUGACAAGCAGGCAUUUAAUUUGUCAGGCUAUAUGGUUGCUCAUCCUGAUGACAUUCCAUGUUUGAUGUUGGCUCAUCAACAACUUACGGCUACUGGAUUCUGUGAAAUAGUGUUUCGACUGAGAAAUGGUCAAGGGGUGUAUCAGUGGGUGAGAGGAAGGGCAAGAACUCUGUGUGACAAAAAUGACAAGCCAGAGAGCGUUACUGCUGAUAAUGUUAUUUUGACCGAUGAACAAGGCCCUUACUUUCGAAAGGUUGUGUACGAAAUGCUCUGUGAAUGGAAGGCUAAGCAGAAAGGUCUUCCAUCUCCAGAGGGUGAAGAUGACAGCUCUCCUGCCAAUGGCACACUGCCUCCAACAGGGGGACCACCAGAGGCAAUGCUUCCUACAGGAGCACCACCUGCACCCGGACCCAGUGGACAGCUUCAAUCAGGUAGAUCAUGUCCACCAAGUGGGCUGCAUCAACUAGAUGGCCCAAACCCACCAAACAGGCCAUGUUCCUCAAGUGAAGCACAUCCACCGGAAGGACCACUGCUGCCUAGCAGACUGCUUCCUCCAAGCAGACCACUUGCACCAGGUAGACUACAUUCACCAACUGCACCACUUCCACCAUCAGCCAUUGAGACUGACAGCAUGAGUGGUGGACAAGGGUUGGCUGUCAUGCCUGAGGAAGACUUGUUAGAAGAUUCGAAGGACAUUGAGAUCAUCGAAUUCACUAGUCCAAGCACGGCAGUGGACAGUGGUGGUCCUGUAUUGCCAUCUUUUAGCCUCACAGCAGGCUCGUCGGAGUCGUGCAUGUUUAGUUCGCCUCACUUAAACCGGUCACCGGUGGAGGAGAAGCCGAACAUAGCACAGGAUGGAUCGAUUUACGGCUUUAAGACCGAACGAAGGAGUGGCGAUGCUACUCGCAUCGAAUCUAAACCGAAUCCGUCCGCAUAUGAACAAAUUAACCUCAUCAAGCAGUUCCUGAUGGGCGGAGAUCCUAACCCUCCAUCAAAUGUUCACCAAUCUGACAACACCGUUAGGAUAAACGGAGGAAGCCUUCAUGAUAUUCCUCCACUAUGGUCGAAUUAUCCCGUAGAAACAUCGCCAGUCCUGACAGAAAUAAACUUUCAGCAAGAUGACAGAGGUUCAGGCCUUUAUCCGCCGCAAAAUGGGAUGCAGUCAUCCUUUCACGCGAAUGAUUGUCGCGUUCCGGUGAUGUCAGAAGGCCACGCAAAUCUUCCCCAAUUUGGUAGACCUGAACAACCUGAUACAGAUAACCUUAUAUAUCCAUUUCCAACCAAUAUGAACGGUCACCUGAAUCCUUCAAACUCCUUUACAAACGGUGUAGGGAGGCAGGACAUUCCUGAACUACCAGUAAGUAUCGACAGCUUUAACAAACCAAUGCAAAAUGGUUCGGAUUUCAUUCCUGCCUUCCCCUUCCAAGAUGGAAGCCUUCGUUAUCCUUUUAAGCAGCAGUACCAUACUGGCCAAAAUGGAUUCAGUCCCGCGGAAAGAACGGGUGGUUUCCCAAAGGUAGCUGAUUGCGCUUCUACAAGUCACCUUGUUCACGAUUUUAAAGUGAACGCAGGUGUCCCAGGAGUACCAAGGCAAGACACGACUCUGUGGUUUUCAUCACCCGACAACGGUCAGUUGACUCCGGACGUGGACAUUCCUCCGAUUGAAGACGUGUUAAGUGUGGAUGACCUUACGCCAAGCUUGUGUGUGGAGCAUAUGGCUCCUUAUAGGAAUCCUGCAAAGUUCCAAAACGGCAACAUCAUGGACUCCGUGCAUACAGGGAAUGUGUUUCCUCCUCCGAACGGCAUUCACUUGAAUCAGCCCAUGGGUCAAAAUGUUCAAAAGCAAAACUUUCAGAAUACACCCGCAAAUGGCAAAAGCGUGGAUCCAACAGGUGGAAACAGCUUGCUGAAAAUGAUGCUCACCUCAUGAAUAGAAGUUUACACUGUAGUGGUUGUUCGCAUGAAGACAGAGGUGAUUGGAGACCCGUCAAUUAUCCCUCUAAGAUGUUAGAAAACCCAGUAAUGGCCUCUAAUGCUUCAUCUGCUAACAACUGCUCCAGUUUAAACCAGAGCUACAUGUAAGUGUGUGUUGUAAGGUAAAAGGAGCUGUUCAAGGUUGAAAGUGUACCGACGGUAGAAAUAUAUUGCAAAAGCUGCUUGGUGCUAUAAGUGUGAAACAGAACACAGCGAGGCUUCGGUUAAACUUAGCGAACAGCUCCGAUUUUCCAUCUGUGGCUCGAAUAUUUUGCUAAAGGUAUUGGAUACCUUAAGCCAAUUAUUUGUCGGAAGUUCGUCGAUAUUUCUCCGUUUACUGGCGGAAGUUUGUUUGUAGAACGUGGUGAGUCUGCGUGGAAUGUCUGGGAAGUUCGUCUGUGGUUAGUCUUUCGUUACAAGCUGAUAUGUAGUCGGUAAAAUGUCGGUCGUUUGUCGGUUAAAUGUCGGUAGUCUUUGGGUUGUUUGUCGGUAGAUUAAGAAUGCGGGUGAGUCGAUGAGGCGAUAGGUGGACGGUAAACAGGUCGGUAGAUUAUUGUCGUUGGGGAAAGAUGGAAGCCACUCGCUCAAAAACCACCACUCAGAGUUAUUUUCUAACAGUUUUUUUUUCUGAGGACAGUUCUGCGGAAUUCACUUUAGAGAUUUUAUGGCGCCAAAUAAUGAGAGGUAUGUUACAUGCAGCUUUCAUGUGGCUGACAGAGAGGUGGUCGAACAUUUAGGGCUUGACAUGCUGUAGUGUCCAGAAAAUGUGUGAAGUUAGACCGCUAUCCUGACGUUACUUCGAUAAAAAAACAAAUGUCUUUCUCGUUUUCUGGCCAGUGUAAGACUAACCAACAGAACAAAUUAUUUUGAUGUGCUGUAUUAAACUGAUUAAUGGAUAUCUUAAUAGGCAAA